AUGUCACCUCGUAGAAAUCCCAGACGCGGCGAAGCAGCUGUGACGGCACCACCCCCACCACCACCUCCUCUGUUCGACCCAGCCAUGUUCCAGGCAGCGAUAGCGGCUGCAGUGGCAGUCGUGAUAGCCCAAAUCAACCCCAUUAAUUCGGGAGGUGCAAGCAGUGGUGCCUCGAAUUCUAAUAAUGGAGACGGCCAGGGAUGCUCGAGAGAGUGUACCUACAAAGACUUUACUAACGCCAAGCCCAAAACCUUCAACGGAAGUGGAGGUGUCAUAGCGUUGCUACAAUGGUUCGAGAAAACUGAGACCAUUUUUGAAAUAUGUACAUGCCCUGAAGCAAGCAAGGUCAAAUUUACUUCAUGCACAUUCUCUGAAAGAGCCCUCACCUGGUGGAAAGGUCACGUCAAGGCAUUAAGGCUCCCGGUGGCUAAUGCGAUAACAUGGGAAGAUCUGAAAACCAUGUUAAUGAAGGAGUACUGCCCCAGGGGUGAGAUACAGAAGUUGGAAGAAGAAUUUUGGGGUCUUAAAAUGAAAGGCUCUGACAUCCUGUCGUACACCUCGAGGUUCAGUGAUCUAGCCAUGCUGUGUCCCGGGAUGGUUCCUACUGAAAGCAAGAAGGUGGAAAGAUACGUGUGGGGAUUAUCUCAACAACUUCAAGGACACGUCCAGCCUACUCAAGACCCUGCCAAGAAACAACAAGUGGUUGCAGUGCACACCAUCACAACCACUGCCAACCCCACUCCGAUAAGGCAAUACGCCGGGAACCUGCCUAAGUGCAACAAAUGCAGCUACCACCACAACGGUGCAUGCCAUGAAAUGCAUUGCACCAACUGUAACAAAAAGGGGCACACCGCCCGAUUCUAUAGAACUCCAGCCCAACCGAACGCACAAGUUGCCAACGCCGAAGCAAGCCGAACCUGCUAUGGAUGUGGAGAAGCAGGACACCUCAAACGUAACUGUCCAAAGGCAAGAAACCCGAACCCCAGCAAAGUGGGCAGAGUACUACUGAUAGGUCAUAAGGAAGCCGUCGCAGAUCCAACUAUGGUUACCGAUACGUUUCCCCUCAACAAUACCUACGCAUGCAUUCUUUUCGAUAGUGGCGUGGAGAAAAGCUUCGUGAACCACCAAUUUAAAUGCUUGCUUAAUCAAACACCACAAACACUAAAGGAAACAUUCACCGUAGAAAUGGCUAACGGAAAAACGGAGAACACUAACGAUAUUUACACUGGGUGUACCCUCAACUUAAAUAAUCACUCUUUCCUAAUCGACCUUAUGACGGUCACCAUAAAAAGUUUUGACGUUAUCAUUGGCAUGGAUUGGUUAUGCCCUCACCAUGCGGAAAUCUUAUGUGAAGAAAAGGUUGUUCGCCUUAACCUGCCAAGUGGUGAAGCUCUCGUCGUUUAUGGCGACAAACCUAGCUCAAACUUUCAGAUCAUCUCUUGUAUCAAGGCUCAAAAGUAUCUCCGCAAGGAGUACCACGCCUUCGUAUCCCACGUCGUAGAUAAGGGCCAAGGAAUGAAAGACAUCAACGACAUUCCAGAGGUCUGCAAAUUCCCUGAUGUAUUCCCAGAAGACCUUCCAGGAGUGCCCCCUCCUCGACAAGUUGAAUUCCAAAUCGACUUAAUUCGCGGAGCUACCCCCGUAGCCAAAUUGCCAUACUGUCUAGCCCUAGCCGAGAUGCAGGAAAUGUCCAGUCAACUAAACGAACUACUGAGCAAAGGUUUCAUUAGGCCAAGAUUCUCGCCUUGGGGAGCACCAGUUUUGUUCGUUAAGUAG